AUGUACAUAGAAAGAGUGUCCAAAUUCAGAAUGAAACCUAAACGAUUAGAAUGGAUGCUAUCGGAACUGCGUGGUUUCGAAAAACCAAAUAUCAAGCUUGAACAAUAUGAAACUUCUCCAGAAUUGGCCAUAGCUAUAGUGGAUUGCAUAGACCGGCUGGUUGGAUUAGACGGACAGCUUGUUGCUGAUCUUGGAUGUGGAUGUGGAAUGCUAAUGUCAGCAGUUGCCCUUGCUCAUGAACCAGCAGCCGUCUUAGGUAGGUGGGUAAGCAGUAACAUAGCGCGAUCAAUUUUCAACUAA